AUGGUGAAACCCGAGACUACCCCUCCUGCCCCGGCCUCAGCUGCGGCUGUUCCUUUGGAUUCAUUAACCCGCGUCACCCCAAUCCACCCUGACCUCUCCGAGAUCAAAGUUCCAGAUGGACCAUUACCACCAUACUUCUAUCACCCAGUCACAUGUCAACCAAUCAUACCUCGAGAUUACCAAACUGAGCUUAAGCAGCUGGAAGAACAAUACAAAUCACGCGAGGCUGCGCUCCAUGCGCAAGAACAAAUUUCCAAAGAAGUGAAAGAGAAGAUUGAAGCUGCUAAAAGAAAACGAGAGGAGCUUCAAAAAUCCAUGGACAAGAAGGUCAAGGAACGCGACACUGAGAUGAAGGUUGUGUCUAAGUUUCAAGAGACCAAGGCAUCGGACAUCCCGUCUUGA